AUAGAUUUCUAUCAGGACAAGAAUUUCAUACGCCGCAGUCGCUUUCUCUCUCUUCUCUCUCUCUCUCCUCUCUCUCACAGCUACUAUGUACAAUUAAACUGAACAGUACACAAAUCUCUCGCUGAGGUGAUGAACUUGUGGUAAAACAAUGGGUGUUUCAUGCGGCAGCAACUUCCGCGACACAUGGGAUCGUACCUCCGACCGUUGCUCCCGCUUCUUCCCCUGUUUCUCCGAUCCAGCUCGAAGAUCCGCUUUAACCUUGAAAUUGGCGUUGGUGGUGCUGCAUCUAGUUCUCGCCGGGGUUAUUUUUUUGUUCGACAAUGAUUUGAUUGUGAAGACGAAGCAGGAACCAUGGUACACUGCUAUCUAUGUGGUAUUGUUUGUUGCUACACUGAUUCAAUAUUUUGUUACCUCUGGAACAUCUCCCGGCUACGUAUUUGACGUACAAAGGGCUAUUGAUGAAAGAGAUGCUGCAGCUAGAAGGGCAUCAUUUGCCUCAAUACAACCAGCUUCAAGCAAAAAUGACAGCGUUUCAAUCACCGUGGAUGCAAGGAACUAUAAUAGAGGAAAUGCAACCGCCUGGACAAAGCUAGUGAUGGAUUUGUACCCUCCGGGAACAUCUGCUAGGAAUUUGACCUGUCCGUACUGCCAUUUCAUUCAACCUCCACGAUCGAAACAUUGUCAUGAUUGCGACAAGUGUGUUCUUCAAUUUGAUCAUCAUUGCGUCUGGCUUGGCACAUGCAUAGGCCAAGGCAACCAUUGUCGUUUCUGGUGGUACAUAUGUGAGGAAACAGCCUUGUGCCUUUGGACGAGCAUAUUGUACAUUGGUUACCUCAAGUCCAAUAUAUCAAAGGCAUGGUGGGCAGAUAUAAUAAUGAUCUUGCUCUUGGCUACUUUGUCAAUUUCUCUAAUCUUUUUGCUGCUGCUGCUCCUUUUUCAUAGCUACCUUAUUAUGACUAACCAAACCACUUAUGAGCUUGUGCGUCGGCGGCGGAUUGUUUAUAUGAGGGGAAUACCAGAGAGAGUGUAUCCAUUCCACAAAGGAGUUUGCAGAAAUUUGUACUUGUUCUGUUUUGGUAGAAGCAGCAUUUACAGGAUGGAAGCACUACCAACAGCAGAAGAACUUGAAGAGAAAUCCAGACCUUACACAUGCUGCGACAUUCUAUCAUGCCGUUGUUGCUAAUGCCGAUUGUGUGGGCCCGUCCCUUUUUGUAAUUUUAGUCGAACAUUUUUUCCUGAAUUGUGAUCAGAUAGCUUAUUCAAAGAAUGUCAUACAACUGCUAUGAAGGUAAAAUAGCGUUUGCAUGUUGCUGUAAAAUCACAUAUAUAUAUUUGUAGUUUUUAUUUUUCUUUUGCCUUGUGACUUGGCCUUGCGGUAACACGUACACUCAAAGAGAUUCAAACUCCCCGACCUCAGAAAAUUCCAUUGUGCCACUAAGGCGAAACCUUUGGGGUGUUCUGUGAAAUCAGGUUAUGAAUAGUUGAAAAUAAUUUUUUUUCU